AUGGAUGUACCUCCCAAACCCACAUUAGCAAGGAUAAAGAAAUUCAAGAAUUGCGAUGAGUUGAGAUAUGCCAUGACACAUGUUUUCCAGGAUGCCCAGAUGGGUUUAGCAGGACAUCGAAAAUUGGUUGUGAUUCUUAAAAGCGUGUUUCAUAAGGCAGUUGAAUUGAAUCAAACUCAAUACUUUUGUAUGUGGUUUACUAAAUUAUUAUCCAAAGUUUUACCAUUAAAAAGAGGAGAAUUAUCUGGUGAUAGAAUUGCAAAAUUUACUUUUCUGUUUGCAAAUAGACUUGUAAAAGAUGCAGCCGAAGCAAAGCGUGCCAAAAAUGAAGCCACCAAAGAGGAAAACGACGAAAAAGAUAGUGACGAAGAAAUGGACGACGACAAGAAUGAUAGCGAAGAUGUUGAUGUCGACAAUGAUAAUAGCGAUGAAGAUGUUGAAGAAGAGGAAACACCAGUAUCUAUAUUUAUAUCCUACUUGAUCAAGUUUUUACUUCGAGGAAUUGAGGCCAAAGAUAAACUGGUUCGUUAUAGAGUGGUUCAAUUAUUGGCGUACAUGGUUGAAUUUGUAACUGAGAUUCACGAUAACAACACUUUUGAAGCAUUAUACACUUUGUUGAACAAUAGACUACAAGAUAAAGAGUCGGUGAUUCGAAUUCAUGCUGUGGUUGCCAUGUCCCAUUUCCAACAGUUUGAUUUUAAUAUGGAAGGAGAGAAUGACGACUUUGAAGAUGACGAGAUAUCCACUGCACAAGUCGUGAAAAAGAUUAUCAAUUGUUUACAACAUGACGAGAGUCCCGAAGUCAGAAGAGCCGCUUUAAUGAAUUUGUUAAGAACAGAAGAAACCAUACCGUUUUUACUUGAAAGAGCCAGAGAUACCAACUCCAUUAAUAGAAGAUUAGUUUACUCGAAGAUUUCACGUGAAUUAGGUCAACUAGAUGAUUUGGGAACUCAAAACAGAGAGUAUUUGUUAAAAUGGGGGUUAAAUGAUCGUGAUCAAUCUGUUCAAACUGCUGCUGCGAAGAUGUUGAGCAGUUUCUGGUAUGACUCAGUUAAUCAAGAUUUGUUAGAUUUGAUAGAGCACUUGAAUGUCAUUGAAAGUCCAAUCGCCGAUCAAGCUUUAACAGUCUUUUUUGAAUCAAAACCUGAAUUGUUGGAAACAUUGAAGAUUGACGAAUCGUUUUGGAAGAAUCUUUCUACCGAGAAGGCAUUUUUAGUAAGAUCCUUUUACCAAUAUUGUAAUAACCAACAAUUAUACAAUUUGAUUAAUUCAAAUUUCCCGGAAUUAAUUGAAUUAGCAGAAACUUUAGAGAAAUACUUGCAAGUUAGAUUGAAAGUGAUCGAAGAGAAUGAAAAUAUCGUUAAAGAGUGUCAAGCCCACGAUGAAAAAAUGGAUACAUUUGAUAAUGAAAUAUUUUCCUUAGAGAACCAAUUGGCAAGAAUUGCAAUCGAUGCUGAAUCACAUCGUAAGAAUGCCGCCAACAAGAAUUAUGAUGUAACUGAAUGUGAAACAGCUAUGGAAUUAUUGAAAGAGAGAAUGGAACGAUUGAAAAAUGGCGAGGAAUCACUUGAUGAUUUAGUGACUGAUGAAAAUGAAUCCAUAAUAGGAGAGAUUGAAAAACUUCUGGAAGAAGGAUUAGAAGAACAGUUGGAAAUAGUCAUAAGUGACAUUGAAAAGUUCAAACAGGAACAGGAAGAUUUGGUUGCCAAAUUGGAAGAAUUACAAGAAAAGUAUGACACUUUCCUUCCGUUGCUUGAAAGGAAAAAAGAAGCCAAGCAGCAAGCAUUAGAGGAAUUUGAAAGAGAACAUGCUGAAGAUUGUAUUCCAUUUUCGAAAACAUUGAAGGAAUUAGAGUUUGUCAUACACCAGAUUUUGCUUAUUGCCCAAGACUUUGAUUUUGGUGAUGAAAUUGGUAGAAGAAAAAUGUUGCAAAUUAUCAGGACAACUUUAACUGAAGACAAGUUACCAGAGAAUUUGAUAGCAGUAGGGUUAAAAGUAUUGAAGGAGCUCUCGAUCAACGAGAAAGACUUUGUAACCAUGGCUGUUGAAAUAAUUACUGAUAUCAGAGAUUCUAUCGAUGAAGAAGAUGAAUUCCAUUCAGCUGCUGCUACAUUUGAUGGAGAUUUUGAUGAUGAGUCUCAACAAUCAAGCAUUAAAAAACGAAGGGUAGAGCCUGAUUUACCACCUGAUGACAUUGUAUUCAGAUGUCUUGUCACUACACGUCAUGUUUUAGAAUUAGUUAGCGAAACUUUGGAUAGCCACCUUUCGUUAAGUUCUAUUUAUAGUGGUAUUGUGAACUAUGCCAUCCAGAACCAUUCCAAUAAGAAAUUGUACCUUGCAGGGUUGACCUGUUUGGAAUUAUUUUCUUUGAUAGACGAGAAAAUUGCCAAAAUUUCUUGUAGCACGAUAUUAAUAGCUAUGUUGACAGGAGGCGAAGAAGUUCGAGAAAUUGGAAUGAAAGCAAUAAUGGAUAUAUUGGCUACUUAUGGAAUGGAAAUUCUUGAUAAAGACUCCAAGUAUAGAUAUUCAAGACUAUUCUACAAAUCAUUAUUAUCUUAUGAUAAACCAAAAAUACAAUGUAUCGUAGCUGAAGGUUUAUGUAAACUAUUCUUGGCUGAUAUUUUGAACAAAGGUGGAAUUAAACCAAAGAAAAGCACCAAUGAAGAUGACGAACAAGCAGAACAGGAAAAUGACACUGAUUCCGAUAACGAUUCUUUGCAACACGAAAGAAAUUUAUUUGAAGCACUCAUAUUGAUUUAUUUUAAUCUUUAUACCAGAAGUAACCAAGAAUUGCAACAGAUUCUAUCCUUCUGUAUCCCAGUUUAUUCAUUUUCCAAACCACAACAUCAAAUCAAUUUGGCCAAUGUUAGUGGAGACGUGAUAUUUAGAUUAUUCACUCAAUUUGAGAAUGAAUCAAUUUCUCCAAGUGUGAUACUUCCACAGUUGAUUUCCUGGUGUGAUCCAAGAAACUUGGUUAAAGUAUCUGAAGACAUUAUUAAUAAGUCUACAAGUCAUAUGUAUCAAUGUGUUUAUUUAUUACAAGUUGUUGAACAAGUGGAAUCCAGAAAUGUCAAACGUUGUAUUAUUAAUAACUUGAACAAAUUUUAUAUUAGUGAAUAUUUGGAUUCAAAUACAUUACAAGCUUUGAAUAAUUCAGUUAAAGAAACUCAAGAAUUAUUUGAGAAUAAUUCAAAUGAUCCCGAUUUCUUAUUAGAUAAAACUUCAAAGAGGAAUUUUGAUGCAUUUAUUGAAUUAGUUAAAGAAAAAUUGGAAAUUUCAAAGAAACGAGAAGAAGAAGAAAGUUUUAAAAAUCUGUUUAGUAGAAGUAAUACUAAUUCUAUAUUAGAAGAAAUUGAUGAUGAUAAAAGUCAAGUGAAAUUGAAAACUGAAGAAGGUGUUACUAUUAAUCAUGAGUCAAAUGAUAUGGAUAUUCAACCACUGUCAGAUAAUGACGAUGAUGACGAACCUGAAGAAGUAGAUGUUGAUCAACAAGAUGAUGAGAACACAACUAAAGGUUCGGUUCAUGGAGAGAUUAAAGAUGAGGAAGAGACAAAUAAAGCAGCUGAUAUUGAAAAUUCGCUAGAAGAAAUUGAUAAACUUUUGGAAGAGGCUGAUGAGGUAGAUUAUGGAGAUAUUUCAAUGAGUGAAGACUAA